AAAGGCCAGAGAUGCGGAUAGGCACCACCGCUCGCUCCGGGGCCCACGCGUGUCAGUGGUCUGACGCCGCCGCCGAAGCACACCCCGGCAAGCAACCAGCCGUGGCGCCGCCAGCCUCCGUCAUCCCACGGCGGAGGCCGUUGUGCACCUCGCGGCGCUUCACCUCGAAGCCACCGCCGCGUCGCCUCCGGCCUCGCCUACUUAAGGCCGCAGCCUCCGGGUCUCCCUGCACCUCGCACUCACUCCUCGACCUGCGCUGCCUGAUUGGUUAGUCGUUAGAACUUGGAGCGUAUGGGUUCCAAAGAAACGCCAUGUCGUGCUCGUACUACUCUCUGCUUCUUGCUUCUCUUCUGCGUGAGCUGCAAAUGUUCAGCAUCAGAAUUUGAGAUCACCCAAGUGGCAAGCCUUGGUGUUGAUGCCUCACCGCGCCUUUCUCGAAAGAUCCCUGAUACGUUGUUUGGAAUAUUUUUUGAGGAGAUCAACCAUGCAGGAGCUGGUGGAAUAUGGGCAGAACUUGUUAGUAAUAGAGGUUUUGAAGCUGGAGGCCCCCAUACUCCAUCAAAUAUUGAGCCAUGGUCCAUCAUUGGAGAUGACUCUUCCGUAUUUGUGGGAACAGACCGUACGUCAUGUUUCAGGCGAAACAAGGUUGCUCUAAGAAUGGAGGUUCUCUGUGAUAACUGCCCAGUUGGCGGUGUUGGCAUUUACAACCCUGGGUUCUGGGGCAUGAACAUAGAGGAUGGGAAGACCUACAAUCUAGUUAUGCAUGCCAAGUCACCAGAAACGAUAGAAAUGACAGUUUCACUAACAAGCUCUGACGGAUUACAAGUUCUGGCUUCAGCUGCCAUACGAGUACCCGGCGGAUCGAAUUGGAUAAAAUUGGACCAGAAGUUGGUUGCUCAAGGAACAAACAGAACCUCAAGACUUCAAAUAACAGCUAAGACAAAGGGAGUUGUAUGGCUUGAUCAAGUAUCACUCAUGCCUUCGGAUACGUACAAGGGGCACGGUUUCCGCACAGAACUCAUAUCCAUGCUUUUGGAUUUAAAACCCCGGUUCUUGAGAUUCCCUGGAGGUUGCUUUGUUGAAGGCAGUUGGUUAAGAAACGCAUUCAGGUGGAGGGAUUCUAUAGGUCCAUGGGAAGAGAGGCCUGGACACUAUGGGGAUGUCUGGAAUUACUGGACGGAUGAUGGCCUCGGAUAUUAUGAGUUUCUUCAGCUUUCUGAAGACCUCGGUGCUGCCCCAGUCUGGGUAUUCAACAAUGGAAUCAGCCACCAUGAUGAAGUUGAUACUACUGCUAUUGCUCCUUUCGUAAAGGAUAUACUGGACAGUCUAGAAUUUGCAAGGGGGAGUGCAGAAUCAACAUGGGGUUCUGUUAGAGCUGCAAUGGGGCAUCCUGAACCAUUCCCAGUCAAAUACGUUGCAAUCGGAAAUGAAGAUUGUGGGAAAGAAAAUUACCGUGGUAACUACCUUAAGUUCUACAAUGCUAUAAGAGAGGCCUAUCCAGACAUUCAGAUGAUUUCAAAUUGUGAUGGUUCAUCUGGACCACUUGACCAUCCUGCUGAUCUAUAUGAUUUCCAUGUCUAUACCGGUUCCAGGGCACUAUUUUCCAUGAAGAAUACAUUUGACAAUACCUCUCGUAGUGGGCCCAAGGCUUUUGUUAGCGAGUAUGCUGUUACAGGAAACGAUGCCGGCAGAGGAAGUCUUCUUGCUUCAUUGGCAGAGGCCGCUUUCCUUACUGGGCUGGAGAAGAAUAGUGAUGUUGUUCAUAUGGCAAGCUAUGCACCGCUCUUCAUAAAUGAUAACGACCGCACGUGGAACCCAGACGCUAUCGUCUUCAACUCCUGGCAGCAAUAUGGGACUCCCAGUUACUGGAUGCAGAAGUUUUUCCGUGAAUCAAGCGGCGCUACGAUCCAUCCCAUCACAAUCAGUUCAAGCUACUCUGAUUCGCUGGCAGCAUCCGCGAUCACGUGGCAUGAUGACGAGAACAGCAUCCUGAGAGUUAAGAUUGUGAACUUUGGGCCAGAUGCCGUGAGCCUUACAUUCUCGGCAACUGGGCUCCAGGGCAGCAUCAAUGCGCUCGGAUCCACCGCGACCGUUCUCACAUCCGGCAGUGUAAUGGACGAGAACUCUUUCGCUAACCCAAACAAGGUUGUGCCGGUGAUGAUCGAGUUGCGUAACGCCGCGGAGGAGAUGGAGGUCACGCUGCCUCCCCACUCUCUCAGUGCAUUCGACCUGGCGCUGGCGCAGUCCAGGCUUGUAGCGGAGAUGUGAAGCGAAUGACACGGCGUUGGUGAAUAAGAGAACGAUGGGCAGGGCAAAGCACCGGCAACAGCAAGCGGAGAGGGGUCAGUGCGCGCGCUUGUGUCCUGAUAAAGCACUGUAUCAUGUGUGUACGGUGGUGUGGCAUGAAGGAAAUACUGGAGUAAAUAAAAAUCACGUCAGGGGUCA